UCAGAUCUACUAUUUUUUCUACACUGAAGCUCAACUUCAAGCUCUGUUAAGGGGCAAUGUCGUCCUUCGGAGUUUCAGCUUCAGCCAUUGUUGUACUUUGCUUAUGCUUAAUUCACUCUAUACAAGCUUCACUACACGAUUACUCCGACGAUAAAUUUGUAAGCAAAGGAAAUGUAUUUGUAGUUCAUGGAGGUAGUGAAGGAAUUUACUCUUCUAACCCUAACAUCAACCAAUCUUCUACCGCUUCGGCAGAUGGACAAUCGUUUAUACGCUUUGAGAAGAUUAUAUUCCGGAGACCUGAAGAAUUUUCAAACUUUAGCUCAGGAUCAAUUCAUGCAGUUGUUUUUGAGGUGGAUGACCGAGAGACAAUUGGCGGCUCUGCCUAUGGGGGGCAAAGAGCUGUUUGUUGCACAGCAGAUCUUGCAAAACUGGGAGUUUGUACACAAGGGGAAAUAAUUCAUCGCCCAUCUACUAAUAAUCCUGGUUGGCCUAAAGUAUUUGGUGCCUCAUUUGGCAUUGAUGAGCUUGAAGCAAAACUGCAGCCGAGAACAAUACAUAUAACAAAAACUGGAAUGUACAAUGUGUACUUUAUGCACUGCGACCAUAAUCUUAAGGAAGUUGUUGUUGAAGGGAAAACCAUAUGGAAAAAUCCUACCGGUUACCUACCUGGUAGAAUGGCACCACUUAUGAAUUUCUAUGGGUACAUGUCUCUUAUGUUUGUGUUACUUGGGAUCUUUUGGUUUUCUCAGUACGCGAGAUUCUGGAGAGAAGUUCUUGCUUUACAAAAUUGUAUUACUCUCGUAAUAACAUUAGGCAUGUUUGAGAUGGCAUUAUGGUACUUUGAUUAUGCUGAAUUCAAUGAAACCGGAGUCAGACCAACUGGGAUCACUGUAUGGGCUGUUACCUUUGGUGCAGUAAAGCGCACAGUUGCUCGUUUGAUUAUUUUGAUGGUCUCUAUGGGGUAUGGUGUUGUUAGACCUACCCUUGGUGGUCUUACAUCCAAGGUUCUUUUGCUUGGAGGAACUUUCUUUCUGGCAUCAGAAGUUCUUGAACUGGUCGAAAAUGUUGGUACUGUUAGUGAUUUCUCAGGAAAAGCAAGGUUGUUUUUUGUACUUCCUGUGGCAAUCUUGGAUGCUUUCUUUAUCCUCUGGAUAUUCACUUCCCUCUCUGCAACUUUGAAUAAACUUCAGGCUAGAAGAUUGUUGGCCAAGUUAGACAUAUACCGGAGGUUCACAAAUGCUCUAGCUGUCGCAGUUAUUGUUUCUGUUGGUUGGGUAUGCUAUGAGCUGUACUUCAAGUCCACUGAUGUGUACAAUGAGCGAUGGCAAAAGGCCUGGAUUAUUCCUGCCUUCUGGCAAGUGUUGUCUUUCUCUCUCCUUUGCGUCAUCUGUGCUCUUUGGGCUCCAUCUCAAAACUCCACGAGAUAUGCCUAUUCUGAUGAUAGUGAAGAGUUUGAUAAGGAUAUCACCUUGACACUCAUAAAGCCCUCUCCUCUGCCCACAAAGGAUGUAAGAAUUCCAUUCGAAGUGAGAUCAACGCCUGGUGGAGAUGGGACAUCUAAUGGUGGUGAUGUAGAAGAAGACAAGACAGAGUAGAGAGUAUAUACAUAUAUAUUGUCCAUACUACUGUAAACGAAAAACGUCAUGAAAAAGAGUAAUUGCUCAUAGAAUCUUGUAUCUGGUGUUCUCUGUGCUAAAAUAUUGAAGGUGGGAUCAGGUAAUAGUUAAAUUCUUAAUACAAUAGGGGAAUUGUUGCCUUCAUUCAUAUUUGUUUCAAGUACUUAUAUGAAUACUGUAUGUGUUGGCAAUAUUCAUUUUCUUUUACUGUCUA